AGCGCCGGGCUGCGGCUGCGGCCGCUCGGACCUCGCUCCCGCGCGUGGGCGUCGGAAAGGGAACCCAGCCGCGGUUUAAGCAUGUGAAGUACUCUUUGUGGAAAAAAAUAACAUUUUGGGAAGAUAACAUUUUGAGUGGUGGAGGAAAAACCAUUAGCGGAGUCUUAUCUUCUUGUGUAUGAGUCUCUUUGUGCUGCUUUUUCUAACUUAGCUUAGUAAUGAAGCCACCAUUAUGUCAUCAGUCAGUGAAGUAAAUAUUGAUAUCAAAGAUUUCUUAUUGAGCAUUAAUUUGGAGCAGUACCUCUUACAUUUUCAGAAGUUUGGUUUUUAUACUGUGAAGGACUGUGGCAGGAUAAAUGAUAGUGUGCUACAUGAAAUUGGAAUAUUGCCUACAGGACACCGUAGGAGGAUACUAAAAAAAUUACAGACCAUUUUGUCAAGCAUGCAAGAAAUCCCGAUAUAUGCAAAUGUUCAUAAGACAAGGAAUGAAAACAUUUCAAAGGAUCACCAUGCACCAUCUUCUGAUAGGGACACCUCUGUAGAACUUUCUGGAAGUGUUCAGAUGCCUAGUUCAGCACAGUUGGAAACAGAUCUAGUUCAGAAUGACUUUCAUGUGGAAAAGAGCCAAUCUUUUCAAGCAGAUAAGUUACCUCUUUGUGAACAUGACCUUCCCAUUUCAGAAGAACUACAUGUGAGUUUGGAUUCUCAUGAUUCAUUAUCCGGGAAGACAGAGUCUUUGGUUGAAAAUGAGACUAUAGAUUGUACAAUUAAAGACCAACCAACAGAAACAGUUGAUUUGGUAUCAGAAAACUCCAGCAUACUUCCUUCUGCAGACCCAGAACGUCUUUUUUCCCUGGAUUGUUCAGCUUCAGAAGCACAGUCUAGAAGUGAAGCUAAUGGCCUGUCAGAGAGAUCACUACCAUCGCCAUUGUUUCAGUUUCAAGGAGAGAUGGUUGUAAAUGAUUUAUAUAUUCCGUCAUCACCAGUCCUGUCACCUAUGAGAAGUCGUAGCAAGCUGGUUUCAAGGCCAUCUCGAUCUUUUCUCCUGAGACAUCGGCCUGUUCCAGACAUUCCAGGGACAACAAAAGGAAUUUCAGGGAGCUACUUCCGUGAGAGAAGAACUAUUACUACCUCAGCUGGGAAAUCUGUGCCAUUGCCAAAUUCAAAUGAGGAGAAUUCAUCUUCCAUCUUUCCUUAUGGAGAGACGUUUCUCUUCCAGAGACUAGAAAAUUCCAAGAAGAGGUCUAUAAAGAAUGAAUUUUGGACCCAUGAAGAAACUCUCAAAGGGGAAACCAGCACUUCUGUGAACUCUUUUUUAAUCAAAUCAAGUGUAUAUGAUAAUAGAAAGGAGAAUACAAUUGAAGACAAAGUAGAAGAUAUUUGGAUACCUCGAGAGGAUAAAAACAAUCUCUUACAAGACUCUGCUUCUGAAUCAGAAUACUCAACAGUAGAAGAAUGCUUUCAGAGUUUAAGAAGAAAAAACUCAAAGGCCUCUAAGUCUAGGACUCAAAAAGCAUUAAAUGUGGACCCUGUUAACAGGCACAGUUAUCCUUUCAACUCAACAAGUGGACAUGUGGAGCCAUCAGCUGUUUCCUCAAGUGCCAUCUCUCCCUAUGCAUGUUUCUAUGGAUCCUCUGUGAUGAAGGUUAAGUCAGGAUGGUUGGACAAGCUCUCUCCUCAAGGAAAACGUAUGUUUCAGAAGAGAUGGGUGAAAUUUGAUGGCCUUAGCAUUUCUUACUACAAUAAUGAAAAGGAGAUGUAUUCAAAAGGAAUAAUUCCCCUUUCUGCUGUAUCUACAGUACGAGUUCAAGGAGAUAACAAAUUUGAAGUUGUUACAACACAAAGAACUUUUGUGUUUCGAGCAGAAAAAGAAGAGGAGAGGAACGCCUGGAUCAGCACGCUGCUGAAUGCACUGAAGUCACAGUCCCUGCCUUCCCAGUCUCAGGCAGCUGCUGCCCCCGAGAAAUGCGGGUAUCUUGAACUGAGAGGGUACAAAGCCAAAAUUUUUACUGUGUUAAAGGGAAGCAAUGUGUGGCUUUGCAAAAAUGAGCAGGAUUUUAAGAAUGGACUUGGUAUCACCAUAAUCCCCAUGAAUGUAGCAAAUGUAAAGCAAGUGGACCGAACUGUGAAACAGUCUUUCGAAAUCAUCACUCCCUAUAGGAGUUUCAGCUUUACAGCCGAAUCUGAAAAAGAGAAACAAGCCUGGAUUGAAGCUGUGCAGCAAUCAAUAGCAGAAACUCUCUCUGAUUACGAAGUAGCUGAGAAGAUUUGGUUCAAUGAGUCCAACAGGAGCUGUGCAGAUUGUAAAGCCCCCGACCCUGACUGGGCGUCCAUCAAUCUCUGUGUUGUCAUCUGCAAGAAGUGCGCAGGACAACAUAGAUCUUUGGGCCCAAAGGAUUCGAAAGUUAGAAGUCUAAAAAUGGAUGCCAGCAUUUGGAGCAAUGAACUCAUAGAGCUUUUUAUCGUCAUUGGAAACAAGAGAGCAAAUGACUUUUGGGCUGGCAACCUUCAAAAGGAUGAAGAAUUACACAUGGACUCACCAGUAGAAAAGAGAAAAAACUUUAUUACUCAGAAAUACAGAGAAGGAAAAUUCAGAAAAACUCUUCUAGCCUCUCUGACCAAAGAAGAAUUAAAUAAGGCUCUGUGUGCUGCUGUAGUGAAACCAGACGUGCUGGAGACGAUGGCCUUGCUGUUCAGCGGCGCUGACGUCAUGUGUGCCACUGGGGACCCUGUGCACAGCACCCCCUACCUGCUGGCCAAGAAGGCGGGGCAGAGUCUGCAAAUGGAAUUUCUGUACCAUAACAAAUUUUCAGAUUUUCCUCAACAUGACGUUCAUUCUGACACAGGGCUAAGUCAAGAGCCCACCCAGGCAAUGUUCCUCUGUGACUUUUUGUACCAAGCUCCUGCUUCUGCUUCUAAAAUAUCUUCAGAGAAAAAAAUACUUGAAGAGACAAAUAAAAAGUGGUGUGUUUUGGAAGGAGGCUUCUUGAGUUACUAUGAAAAUGAUAAGUCAACUACACCCAAUGGCACCAUUAACAUCAGCGAGGUUAUCUGCCUGGCUAUCCACAAAGACGACUUCUAUUUAAAUACUGGGCCCGUUUUUAUCUUUGAGAUCUACUUACCUUCAGAGCGUGUGUUCCUAUUUGGAGCUGAAACAAGUCAAGCUCAAAGAAAAUGGACGGAGACGAUAGCCAAGCAUUUUGUUCCCUUUGUUGCUGAAAACUUAACAGAAGCUGAUUAUGAUUUGAUCGGUCAACUCUUCUACAAAGACUGCCAUGCUUUGGAUCAGUGGAGAAAAGGCUGGUUUGCUCUGGACAAGUCUAGUCUGCGCUUUUGCCUUCAUAUGCAAGAAGCUCAAGAAGACAGAAUGCAUUUAAGACGACUGCAAGAGCUAACAACCAGCACUAUAGUUCAAAAUGGGGAAAAACUGGAUGUCUUAUUCUUGGUAGAAAAAGGGAGAACAUUAUACAUCCAUGGGCAUACCAAGUUGGAUUUCACAGUCUGGCAUACUGCAAUUGAAAAAGCAGCAGGUACAGAUGGUAAUGCAUUACAAGAUCAGCAGCUCAGCAAAAAUGACGUUCCCAUUAUUGUGAACAGCUGUAUAGCAUUUGUUACACAGUAUGGUUUAGGUUGCAAAUACAUCUAUCAAAAGAAUGGUGACCCUUUACAUAUAAAGGAGCUCCUGGAGAAUUUCAAGAAGGAUGCAAGAAGUUUUAAAUUGAGGGCUGGCAAGCAUCAGCUUGAAGACGUGACGGCUGUGCUGAAGAGUUUUCUCUCUGACAUCGACGAUGCGCUUCUUACUAAGGAGCUCUAUCCAUACUGGGUCUCUGCCUUAGAUACACAAGAUGAGAAGGAAAGGAUUAAGAAGUAUGGAGCAUUUAUACGUAGUCUUCCAGGGGUCAACCGAGCAACCCUGGCAGCUCUAAUUGAACACCUUUACAGGGUUCAGAAAUGCUCAGAAAUCAAUCACAUGAACGCCCAUAAUCUGGCUUUGGUAUUUUCAUCAUGUUUGUUUCAAACUAAGGGACAAACGAGUGAAGAAGUGAAUGUAGUUGAGGACCUAAUUAAUAAUUAUGUUGAAAUAUUUGAGGUUAAAGAAGACCAAGUCAAACAAAUGGACAUAGAAAAUAGCUUUAUUACCAAGUGGAAAGACACUCAAGUUUCCCAGGCUGGAGAUUUGCUAAUUGAGGUGUAUGUGGAAAGGAAGGAACCAGACUGUAGCAUUAUAAUUCGGAUAUCUCCUGUGAUGGAAGCAGAAGAAUUAACUAAUGACAUAUUAGCAAUAAAAAAUAUUGUUCCUACAAAAGAUGAUAUAUGGGCCACAUUUGAAGUCAUUGAAAAUGAAGAGCUAGAGCGUCCUCUUCACUACACAGAGAAUGUAUUGGAACAGGUGCUUCGGUGGAGUGCUUUAGCUGAACCUGGUUCUGCUUAUCUUGUGGUGAAGAGAUUCUUAGCUAUUGACACAAUUAAACAUUAUAGAGAAAAAGGUGUCAAGGAAGGCAUUUUGAAAAUCAAAGAAGAGCCAUCUAAAAUACUGUCUGGGAACAAAUUUCAAGACCGAUAUUUUGUUCUACGAGAUGGAUGCCUCUUUCUGUACAAGGAUCCAAAGAGCAGUAAAUAUGACAAAAUGUUUCCUCUCAGUUCAAUGAAGUUUUAUCUUGGUGUGAAAAAGAAAAUGAAGCCUCCAACAAGCUGGGGAUUGACUGCAUAUGCCGAAAAACAUCACUGGCACCUCUGCUGUGAUAGUUCACAGAUGCAGAUGGAGUGGAUGGCCAGUAUCUUCAUUGCCCAGCAUGAAAAUGAUAUAUGGCCACCAGCUGGAAAGGAACGAAAGCGUUCAAUAACCAAAAAUCCCAAAAUUGGAGGUUUACCUCUAAUUCCCAUCCAGCAUGAAAGAAAUGCAACCCAAGCCCGGAGAAAUAUUGAGAGUGCAAAAGCAGAACUUGAAAGACUGCGGCUUGGUGAAAAGCAUGAGAGAGCGGAGGCCGUGGAGCCCAGCCUAAAGGACCGAGCCUCAAUCGUGGCCCAGUGCCUGGAGCACAAGGAGGACAAACUUCGAAACAGGGCCAGAAAACACCGGAGCUUCGUCUGUCUGGAGGACACAGAGACUGAGGCCCAACAGGAGCAACAGCAGGGCCGGAAGGGCCUCAAGACCAUGAAGAAGACCGAGGACAGGGGUAACAGAGCUGCUCUGGAUUCGGAGCAUAAAUUGCCUUCAAAGGUAAUUGAAGAACUUAGUGUGGUUUUACAGCGGUCAAGAACACUGCCUAAACAGUUACAGGGUGAACAGAUUUUGCACAAAGAAAUAAAAUGAAUUGAUUCAUGAAGUAUUUUUUAAAUAUUGUAUACAACAUGUGUAAAGUAGAAACCAAACUAUAAAAUAAUUCCUAAGUUUAUAGUCCAAUUUGUCUAUAUUUAAGAAAUGUGUCUAUCUAAACUUCAUUUAAAGAGCAUUUUAAAAUAUGUAUAUGUAUAUAUAUAUGUGAUUAAGUGUAAGAUAAACUUUGUUUUGCUCUGAACAAAACUUGUAAAGUACAGUUGUAUUAAUUUUGUGUAAGAAAGCACUGGGUUACUGUAAGUGGUCAACCCUUUUCUGCCAGGUGGUAACUUAGGAGCAGGAGUCUUGACCAUACUGUAUAAAAUGCUGUUUAAAUAAAGCCUAUGAAACUAUCUGUAACAUAUUUUGCACUUUGAGAAAACUUGUACAUUGAAUUACCAUAUGUUUUAGGUUUACAUGGGGUCCACAAUAGGGAAAAGAAAGGGAAUGAGUAGAAAUGGGGGCAGAUUUAUUUUAGUGGCUAAUGGCUAACACUGAGUUUUUACAAGGAGGAAAGUUAACAUAUGCUCUAUCAUCCAAGGAGGCGGCCUAAGAUGCAUUCUAGUUCAUGAAAGACCAGGACUUUUUAAGGAAAAACUGCUAGUUAAGAAAGAAACCCAGGUGUAGGCAUGCCCCCCAGGCAUUUGGGCAACCAACCUGAAUAAUGGUCCUGGCUGCUGGCUCUUAGGGCGAUGGGGAGCAGGUGUGGCGUUGCGUACACUACCCUCCAGCUGCCUGUCAGUGGCUGUGAGCAACAGCCGUGCGCUGCGCUGGACAGGUGUGUGCAUGGGCCAGGCGUGGCUGUCACCUGCACUGUUGGCGCAGGCACGCAAGCCUUGGAGUUGCUAACUCUAUGUUUGGUAAAAAUAAAAUACAUCAUCACAGGAUCCUUUUGCUGCUGCUGUUCUGACAUUCGAUGUUUUCAUUUUGAGUUUCUUUACAUGAGGUUGUAACGUCUUUCUUUGCAUUGUCAGAACUAAGUGGAAGUGCUUAAUGUAUGGCUGUGUAGAGGUAGGGGAUCGUUCAUGUCCAAUAUGUAUUUUCUGAUGCAGCUCACAUUCCAUUUAGUUGUUUUGAGGGUUUUGUUGUUCUUUUGUUUUAAUAAAGGGUUGGUAUUCCACCUAUAAUUAGAAAAAGGACAAAGCUCUCUUUUAUUUCCACAUACAGAUCACCUACAAAAUUGGAAUUUUGUCUAUGACAGGCAAUAAUAUUUUAUAACUUUUGUUAUGGGCAGCACUUUUGAACAGUUUCUUUAAAUUAUAUUAGGUUCGA